AUCACAUGCUAGUUCCCAGAAAAUGGCGAAGAACUACGAUUACCUCUUUAGGAUUUUGCUGGUCGGUGACAGCUCCGUUGGAAAGACCUGCAUUAUUGUACGUUUUACGGAAAGCACCUUUACUGAAUCAUAUAUCACGACCAUUGGUAUAGAUUUCAAAAUAAGGACGAUUGAUAUCGAUGGCAAAAAGGUCAAGCUUCAGAUAUGGGACACCGCUGGCCAAGAGAGAUUUUACACAAUUACUGCCACGUGUUAUCGCAGAGCUAUGGGGAUCAUGCUGGUGUAUGAUAUCACGAGUGAAAAGUCCUUCAAGGGCGUGGCAAGCUGGAUCAGCAAAGUUGCAGAAAACUGCGACAAUAACAUCAACAAAAUCCUUCUUGCUAACAAGUGUGACCUAGAGGAAAAGCGGGAAGUGACUCGAGAGAGGGGCGAGGAACUGGCCGGCAGACUUGGUAUCCCUUUUGUGGAAAUAAGCGCUCUGUCAAAUUUGAAUGUAGAGGAAGCGUUUACAACACUAGCGAAUGACAUUCUCAAAAGACUGAUGCAGUCUGGAGAAAAUAGAGAAACUGGGAACGACUUGAGGCCAGCAACAAAAUCAUCCUGUCCGCCGUGUUGUCACGUAAUACAUAGCGCUUUAGUUUACAGAAUCAAGCUUCUAGAAAUGGCGAAGCAGAAUUUUGACCACUUUUUCAAGCUUCUUUUGAUCGGUGACAGCGGAGUAGGGAAGACGUGUAUAAUAUUUCGAUUCGCCGAGAACACUUUCAAUCCAACUUUCAUAUCAACUAUUGGGAUCGAUUUUAAGAUCAGAACGCUGGAAAUCGGAGGAAAGAAAAUAAAGUUACAAAUUUGGGAUACUGCUGGACAAGAGAGGUUCCAUACCAUCACAACCGCUUACUACCGCGGUGCCCUGGGUAUCAUGAUGGUGUAUGACGUCACGAACGAAAAAACAUUUCACAACAUUUCAAAAUGGAUGAGAAAAAUCGAAGAAAACGCGAACGAAGACGUGGAGAGAAUUCUUGUGGCAAACAAAUGCGAUCUCGAGAGUCAAAGACAAGUAACAAGAGAAAGAGGAGAGAUGUUAGCCAAAAAUCACCAUAUUCGACACGUUGAGACCAGCGCACUUUCCAGCAAUAACGUUGAUCACGCUUUUACUCUUCUAACACAAGACAUUUUAAACAAAGUCUGCCCGCCAGUCAGAGAAGAGAAUAUGAAAAAUGGGAAGGGAAAAAAGAAAAAGGUAAAUUUGAAGGGAUCUUCUGGCUCGCAUCAUAAAUCUUGCUGUUAGUUAACACUUUACGUCAAUCAAGAGUACGGGUAAAUUUGUAAAUGUAAAUAUUUGUUUUUUUUUUCUGUUAUCCCGAUUUAAAGAACGUCCAUGGAUAGAGAACCGCUUUAAAAGAAGAUUUUUUGGACCGUGUAUUUAACGUAAGAAAGUUGAGGGUUUUUCAAUGAUAGUUACAUUUAUUCUCUCCAAGAAUCGUAUGUGAAUAUUUACCAAGGUAUGGUAUGAAGAAGUGACUUUCCUAGAGGUACAGAUUUUGAGUCACGCACGAAAUUAUUUUAACGUAAGACUUUUCCUUUUGUUUUCUGGACACCGUUUUGGCUCGGAAAAAAAUUUUGCUUGAGCUUUGAAGUUCGCCAUUUCAUGACAGUCUGUUUUAAUCUUUACCCUUAGCUUUUCUUGUUCCUUCUUGGUUUCAACGGAGUGAUGUAAAACCAAAACCAAAUUAAUCAAUCAUCACAAAGGUAAACAUCACCAGGAAGCAAUCAGAACUCAAAUAAGAAACAACCGAACCACUUAAAGCGCGAGAAAACGAGGAUGACCAAGGCGCGAUUGGUUUACAUUUGCAUCUGAUUGGCUAAAUUUUUAAAAUCAGUCGAAGACUGCCAUGAAACAAAACUAAAUGCAAUCCUGUUGCA